ACGACCCUGCCGGCUGGAAAACUGAGCGCGUCACACACGAUUUUCCGAUGUGAUAUUGUUGAUUCUCCACUUGAUGCACGACUUAUGGGAUUUUCUCGGGGAGAAUAAAUUCCUGAGGGGAUUGUUGACGAGAAUGACAGGUUGAGAUUCCGGAUCAAAAAUACCCACUACAUGGAUUUCCCACCCUGAAGCCAUGCAUGAAAACAUCGAACUAAACUCCACCUACACAAGGGCGGAAGAUCUCUACUCCGCGUACUUAUCCAACAACUACAGUGACAUUUUCCUGUUCUCCAACUACUCCUCUUCCAAUUUCAACAUCUCCAAUUUCCCGAUUCUUCCUGCCAACUGGGGACCCAAAAGAGAUCCCUUAGAAAUCGUCAUCCCAAUCACUGUCAUCUACGUCAUCACCUUCUUCAGCGGUCUAGUUGGCAACAUAAGUACAUGUAUAGUUAUCGCCAAGAACAAAUCUAUGCACACCGCCACAAACUACUAUCUGUUCAGUUUGGCCAUAUCGGAUUUGUUACUGCUCAUUUCUGGACUACCACCUGAAAUCUAUUACGUGUGGUCUAAGUAUCCUUAUAUUUUCGGUGAAGUUUUCUGUAUACUUCAAGGUUUUGCUGCUGAGACGUCAGCAAACGCAACAGUUCUCACUAUCACAGCUUUCACGGUGGAGAGAUACGUGGCUAUCUGCCAUCCCUUCCUGUCUCACACCCUCUCCAAGCUGAACAGAGCUGUCAAGUUCAUUGUGGCAAUCUGGGUUGUCGCGUUAUGUCUGGCAAUACCGCCGGCCAUGGGUUUUGGCGUGGUGUGCGAGCAGAUAAACGGCACGAUCAUUGACGAACACUGCGUCUGUAUGGUGAAGAGGCAGGUGAUCCCUCACGCCUUCGAGAUCUCUACUUGUGUCUUCUUCGUGGCGCCCAUGUCGCUCAUAACGGUCCUCUACAUCCUGAUUGGAUUACAGCUGCACAAGUCCACGGUUGGUCCUUCGAGAGGGAAUAGCGUCAAGAUGAAGUACAAGGUGUAUAAGCCGGUUACUACAUAUGGGAACGCGCAGGCACAGGCAGUGGUGGUGCUGAACGAACCUGGCAGUGAGAAGGCGGUGGUGAAGAAUCAUAAUGAUGACGAUGGGAGGAAGAAUUUCGCGAAGAACGCACAGGCUGCCAAACAUGUUGUUAAGAUGCUAGUUGCUGUUGUAGUCACUUUUUUCAUUUGUUGGGCACCGUUCCAUGCUCAACGUUUAUUGGCAAUUUAUGGUGAAAGAUCUUCCUCAAGAACAAUCAAAGCCUAUCAGACUCUGACCUACGUUAGUGGAGUUCUCUAUUAUUUGUCUACCACUGUCAAUCCGUUGCUCUACAAUAUAAUGUCACACAAGUUCAGAGAAGCUUUCAAGAACACGUUCAAGCAGUGCUUCAGCCGCCACCUGAUGGCCAGGGACCCAGCAGGAGGUAGGUGUUACGCCAACUUAUCCGGCAGAUCCUCACAAGUUAACAGUCAUAGCAACACCGAUUCUUACAGCAGACAGAGCUCGCUCCGCUACCUGGACGCAGAGAUGGCGCGUCUGCAUGAUCAUCGCAGGCCCUUGGUCGUCUCUUUCAAGCGCAAGGGUGCGACGACGUCACCCUACAGAGGGCGUCGCGCCGACAAGGGUGAACAGACAUUCGACGGUGACUUUCCAGAAAUGCGAGACCAGAGGAUGAUCGGGAACUUAGAUAUCGGGUUGGAGAAGAAACUAUCAAUUCUCGAAAAAAAAAUUCCCGAAGAAACCAUGACAGCUCAUCUAACCUACGUUGAAGUUCAUAACCUACAACCCACGCACAUAUGCCCACUUAGCAUCUCUCAUCUCAAAUCAAUCGAUACUCUGAAGACUGAAAAUCACCAUCGAAGGCGCAGAAAUAACCAUUCAAGAUCCCUCAACUGCGAUCUGACAAUUGACAGCGACUCGGCCCUUUCCAAGUCUUGCACGAUGCCCGACAUAGGAAAGAAGAAGAAAACGGUGGAGGUCAUCGAUUCAUGCAAGAGCAGAGAAAAGUCGGAUUUGGUAGGAUACGAAAGUAUGGAAAAGCAGAAGGAAUAUCUUUGCGUUUCGAGUAUUCUCCUGAGCAGAGCGAAUACUCCAUUGAUAAAUGUCAAUUAAAUUUUGUUGAAGAUGUUUCUGGAAUUUACGACAUCUGUUAUUGAUGUGAUCAUUAUUUUAUUUUUGAUGAAUCGUGACUCGAUUUAGAAACUGGAAAGUUAUUUUGGUUUAAUAUCAAUAAUAUUGAUAACAAGGAUUUGCAAAAUGAAAAUAACUCCAUAACACUGGUAAAGUACCUACAGAUUAUCAAAAAUUCAGAUUUUGGAGGUUUUUACAGAUAAUAUAAGAGGUAGACGAACAAGAACUUUCAUCGUAGAAAA